CCAGCCCCCACCAGCACCGCGCAGGGUGUCUGCAAUCCAGGGCUGAACAGCAGCAGGACAGGCGCUACAGAGAGAGAGAGAGAGAGAGUCAGUGCAGAACAGGAAACCCCAAUCUGUCGCUACUGCUGCUGCUAUUAGUAACCGUGCUGCUUGCUGCUUCAUCGUCAGCCUGACUUCCUCUCUCUCUCUCUCCCCCUUUCUCUGUCUGUCUGUGUGUAAGGGAGAAUACACACUGCCAUUUCUCCUUCCUGUGGAUCAGGGGGAUCACCCCAGAGACACCAAACUGAUGCUGCCGUUUGUGACUUCCCCGGCAGAUCUAAAGGCUGAGCAAUGGAUUUUACUGGCUGGGAAAUAAUUUCGGAAUCACAGGGCUGGAGAGCAGAAAGUGGAGACUGCCUGUUUCUUAAAGGCUUUUCUUUUUGGUCUGUAGAGUGAGCGUGUGGCUUUUGUUUUUUUUUCGUGUGAUUUUUGAUUUCUCUCUCUCUAGCACCAUCUCUCAGUUUUUUUUAAAAAAGAAUAACACGGACUGUCACCCGCUGCUCAAUCCUGGAUAGUGUGAAGUUCAACGUGUUGAAACAUUUUGCCGGCUCCAGGAUGGGGAAUGCAGCCGGGGGGAUGGAUAUGUCCCCGGGGAAAGAGAUCAGGUGCCAGCAGUCGCCUGCCCCCAAGCAGCCCAUGCCGGUUAACGAAGGGGAGCUGGAAGAGAGAUUCUCCCAUGUGCUGAAUUGUAUGAACCUGCCUCCAGAUAAGGUGAAAUUGCUGAGCCAGUACGAUAACGAGAAGAAAUGGGAACUUAUCUGCGAUCAGGAACGAUUCCAAGUGAAGAAUCCUCCGUUUGCUUACAUCCAGAAACUAAGGGGAUUCCUGGAUCAGGGUGGGGUCAGGAAGUUCAAGAGACGAGUCCAAGAGUCAACUCAGGUCCUGCGAGAGCUGGAGAUUUCAUUGCGGACCAAUCACAUUGGUUGGGUGCAGGAGUUUUUGAAUGAGGAGAACAAGGGAUUGGACGUGUUGGUGGAGUACUUGUCCUUCGCACAGUGCGCUGUCACAUCAUUUAAAGAAACUGCAUGGAAUUUUGUGAGGAGUUUGAGUUAUGUUGAAAGGCACGACAUGGAGAACACAGACAAUGGAGGAAUUGCUUCUGAAAAGAGCAAACCUUUAGACAGAUCGGUAGAAGACCUCAGUAGAGGCAACUCUUCACCUACCCAUGGAUCUUCAAGAGCUAGUAGUCGUCAUCUCACUGUCAGGCACACCAUGCACAGUAGAAAAGCACUGAGGAACUCCCGGAUUGUAAGCCAGAAGGACGAUGUUCAUGUCUGUAUCAUGUGCCUACGUGCCAUCAUGAACUAUCAGUCUGGAUUCACCUUGGUGAUGGAACAUGAGCAGUGUGUGAAUGAGAUCACCCUCAGCCUGAACAAUAAAAGUGCAAGGACAAAGGCGCUGGUGUUGGAACUGUUAGCCGCAGUGUGCCUGGUGCGAGGAGGGCAUGACAUCAUCCUAUCAGCGUUUGAGAACUUCAAAGAGGUCUGCGGAGAGAAGGUGCGGUUUGAGAAGCUGAUGGAAUAUUUCCGAAAUGAGGACAGCAAUAUUGACUUCAUGGUUGCCUGUAUGCAGUUCAUUAACAUUGUUGUCCAUUCGGUUGAGGACAUGAACUUCCGGGUUCACCUCCAGUUUGAGUUCACCAUGCUGGGACUGGACGAGUAUCUUAAGAAACUGAAGUCAUCAGAAAGUGAGAGGUUACAGGUGCAGAUCCAGGCCUACCUGGAUAAUGUAUUUGAUGUUGGCGCACUGUUGGAAGAUGCAGAGACCAAGAACGCAGUGUUGGAACAUGUUGAAGAACUCCAGGAACAAGUGGCACAGUUGACAGAGAAGCUACAAGAGGCUGAGAAUGAUUCCAUGAUGAAAAUCGCAGCGUUGGAGAAACAGCUGAUACAAUCGCAUAAAGAGGUGGAGAGUCUCAAGGAGAACUUCAGUGAAUCUGCAACAAAGCUGCAGACUCUGCACGCACAGAUCAGAGACAGAGAGCGGGUGAUCCAACAGCACACGACUUUGGAGCAGAAACUGUUCCAACUGGAGCAACAGGGGCAGAUCAAGCUCCAGAGAGGGGACAACGGAGAUCUGGACAUCGAAAUCAUUCCAGUGGUGGUGCACCAGACUGUUGUAACUACGUCACCAGAAACUGAGCCCAGACCCAGCAAAGAUGUACCCCCAGCCCCGACCAUCACCGAGAACGCUGCUGAAGUUACCAGGCCGAGUGCCCAUCCCUCUCUAGAGCCAUCGCCAAAGAGUCUCAGUGGCCCUCCACCCCCUCCCCCGCUACCCGCCCAGGCCAAGAUUGAUGGUACACCACCAGCGGUUGUACAAGCUCCUCCUCCACCACCACCACCACCACCACCUCCUCCUCCACCCCCGGGUGCUAGCAUUCCUCCACCACCCCCGCCGCCAGGACCGCCCCCACCCCCAGGAGCACCCCCACCCCCAGGAGCACCACCGCCACCAGGAGCACCACCACCCCCUCCUGGAGGCCCUGACGCCAUGCGUAUUUCAACAACAACAGGUCUGAAGGUAAAGCAGCCAAUCAAGACCAAGUUCCGAAUGCCAAUCUUGAACUGGGUAGCACUGAAACCCAAUCAAAUCAACGGAACUGUCUUCACUGAACUGGACGAUGAGAAGCUGUUGCAGGAGCUGAACAUGGCCGAGUUUGAGGAGCGAUUUAAAACCAAGGCUCAGGGCUCAUCAGUGAAUAUCAACACCUUAAAAAUGAAGGUCACGCAGAAGGCAGUGAGUAAGGUGACACUGAUUGAGUCAAACCGAGCGAAGAACCUGGCCAUUACUUUGCGAAAAGGAGGCCUGAGCUCUGAUGAAAUCUGCAGUGCCAUUGACAAAUUUGACUUGCAGUUGCUCAAUCUGGAUUUCAUCGAGUUAUUGACUCGUUUUAUACCGACUGAGUAUGAGCGGAAAGUACUGCGGCAGUAUGAGGCCGAUAAAAAACCACUGGAGGACCUGGGGGAAGAGGAUCGCUUCAUGAUCAAAUUCAGCAAAAUUCCACGACUCACAGAACGACUGAACAUCAUCAUCUUCAUGGGCAACUUCAAUGACAGCAUCCAGCUGCUGACACCGCAACUGAACGCUAUCAUUGCUGCAUCGAUGUCCAUCAAAUCAUCAGCGAAGCUAAAGAGAAUUCUGGAGAUCAUUUUAGCAUUUGGAAACUACAUGAAUAGCAGUAAAAAAGGAGCCGUUUAUGGCUUCCGAUUGCAGAGUCUUGACCUGCUCCUUGAAACCAAAUCGACGGACAGAAAACAGACGCUAAUGAACUACAUUGUAGACAUAAUCCACACGCAAUAUCCUGAACUCAGUACCUUUCAUACUGAGCUGCUCUUUGUCGACAAAGCUGCUGCAGUGUCACUGGACAAUGUUCUACAGGACGUGCGAUCGUUACAACAGGGGAUGGAACUUGUCCGGAAAGCUUUCAUGGUCGAGGAUACCAGUUUACUCCUGAAAGAAUUCCUGAGCAGCAACAGUGAGAAAGUGGACAACUUACAGAAGGACGGCAAAACUGCGCAGGAAGCUUACCAAUCUGUCAUUGAGUACUUUGGUGAAGAUGUUAAGACGAUGCCACCAUCCAUGUUCUUCCCAUUCUUUUUGAGGUUCAUCAAGGCUUAUAAGCAAGCUGAGCAGGAAAAUGAGUGCCGAAAGAAGCAAGAGGCAAUGGCCGUUCAAAACCCUGAGGACAAAAUCUCAUCGUCCAAUAUGGACCAGCCAGAUGUGAAGCCCCUUCCCACGAGGAAUAAGGUCCCUCACAUGGAUCUAAUGGCCGAGCUGAAGAAGAAGCAGCAGGGUAAAGAGAGAAUGGUGUAUGAGGGCAAGGACGGAGCAAUUGAGGAUAUUAUCACAGAUCUACGCAACCAGCCAUACAGACGAGCAGAUGCCAUGAGGAAAAGUGUUCGGAAGAGAAUGGACGAACAGACCCUUCGUGUAUCCGGAGAAGUCUCGUUAUAACCAGUUGCCUGAGCGAUCGGGGAGGGGGUGGGGGGAGUCAGAUAAAUAUCUGGGUGAAGAAACUGGUACCAGUUGUUACUCUCAGCCAAAGCUCUAUACCAAGCUGUACUCCCAGUUUAGUAACAAACCUCUUUUGUAUACACAAUGUAAUUCACUUGCUUGAUGUAGAUAAUUUACCAGUACAAAUGUCUUUGAGGACCCAAGUGAAGGGGGAUUAAGGAUACAACAUUUCACAUAUAGCUGAAGUAACAAAGGCUGAGAAUUCUUGAAUAUAUGGGAAACUAAAGGGAGAUGAUGUGACUGUCACUUCCCCCUUGGUGAAGGGACUCCACAUUGACUCCCUCCAACACCAUGUCCCCAGUGGGUUUCUCCUGGUUAAUGACCAUAGAAACAAAACUGGAGGUGUUUCUUGGUUAAUUGGUGUUAUUUACAUAUCUGCACUGCUUUAGCCACCUUGCUUUGCAUCUUCUGCAUUUAAGACUAGAGAGGCAGUAAUUAAAAAUUGCUCACAAAUUAUCAGGAGCAUUUUCACUGCCAUAUGGACAAUCACAAGGAGACUAAAAACUGAAUUCAGGGUUCAGGAUGGGCUGGACUCUGUGACAUUAAGAUGUGAACAUCUUAAUUCCAGUUUAUAGCGAUCUCUCUAAUUUACGAGGUUUACUUAUAAAAGGUGCACUUGCUGAAGGGUGAUUAAUCGCUAAUCAUUCAGUGACACAGGACUGUAUUUGGCUUUACUGGUUAUAGAUUAGCCAUGAGAAAAUGUAUAUGUAUAAUCUUUUUUAUUCAAAGUCCUCUAAUGCUAUGAAGAAUAGGAGUAUUUGGAUUAGAACUCAUUGCGAUUGUGUAGGCUGACCAUCUUGAUAUGUUCCAAGAGUUAUGGCAGAAUUAAAGAGAACCAGCUCUGAAAUUCAGGGGUGCUUCACCCAGAGACUGAAUAAAGCUCUAAAGAGCUGAAACUAUGAUGAGUUUGCCUCUAAUGCGUCAAUGAAAUUAGGAGUAUGUCUUAGUACUAACUUGUGACAGCAGUUCAGCACUUACCCGUUCCACAUCUAGAUAUGUAGCCCUCAGGUGUCAGUACAAAAGUAGUUCUUUCACAUUUAGUUCCAGAUUAAGGCUGAAAAAAGAGAUUUUCCAACAAAUGACCAAGAUGAUCUUUCAAACACCUUUUCCAUGUAGUGGUGACUAGGGCACAGAAGUGAGCUGCAUUCCCCUGCUCUUGAUCUGUGCUGUAUCUCGAGCCUGAUUUCUAACUCUUUUCAAGGGAGCUGGUUUUUACGUGAGUUAAAAAUCUUGGCCAGAGGACGUAUCUGUAAUUGUGAGUGGGUUCCUCUGGGAUAGGAAAGAGGAGGUUCAGGCCAUUCUCACUCCAGAUUGAAAUUGCGGAGUUGAGGGGAGAGAGUUAACAAAACCAAAAUGAGCUGCUGUCAGAAUUGGUGUCAAGACCGUCUCAGAAUUUUGGAGUCAGCAGCCCUGAAUUCCAAAGGUUCUGCUCUAGUGAAGCCCUUGGGAUCUGACUAUUUGCAUCAGCACCUACAAUAAUUCAUUCAGUCUGAAAGUUAUGACAGAAGGCCAAGAGAACCCGAUCUGAAUUUCAGGAUCUCCUCGAUUAAAGCUAUUGGAUGUACACUCCAGGAUAAUCAUUAAGAUACACAAUCUAGUCCCUUUCUAUUUGUGAUUUAGCUGAACGCAUCAUUUCAAAGUUACCAAGUCCCUGAUAUCCAAUGCAUCCAACAGCCUUUGGAUAAAUCUGAUUUUACAUCUCCAUGUUUUUCAAUUUUUAUUUUUACUUUUUAAAGGGGUAUGUUAGUAGUAGAAUGCACUUGAACAUAUAAAUUGUGGCAUUAUUUCUUGCAGCAGUAAUUCCACUUGUUAAAAUUUUUGCAGAUCAAUGUAAAUCCUUUUUUUUCUAGUUGUACAUGAGGUUGUAAAUCUUACUUCUAAAUUAUCAUUAAGUAUUCAGUUCAGUCCCAUUCACAUCAAAACAUCUUGUUUUAAUGCAAAGGAGGGAUUGAUGGAGGGGUUAGGAGAGUUCCUGUGUAUUUGCUUUGCCUUCACCCCGCCUGGCUGUGUAGGCAUCAGGGCAAAGGGGAGGGUGUUUCCAUUCAGUGUACAUAACAGUGAAGUAAGCUGAAAGGACUCAAAACAAUGAGAACUGUACUGUGUGACCAUUUGGUAUCCCAUUAACCAAGUUGGCUGCUUUCAGCUGGAUUCUAUGAAAAGUGACUGCAAACACUCCUGUGAAAUUCUUUGGAAGAUUAUGCUAUGUUAAUAGUGCUAUAUAAUUGCAAGUUGUCAAGUGAUUCCAACUUGCCACAGAGCAUAGACAAAAAAGAAAUUAUGUUUGGAGACAAACUAUUGGUAAUUGAUGCUUCUCUGACCGGUUCUGUUCAGCCCCUGAGGAUCCAAGCCCAGAAGUUGAUAGAUUCAACAGCAAAACCAGGAAAUUGGUACUUUCUGAUAGUGUUAAAUUAAGUCUAUAUCGGUGGCCUGCCUUUUAUUAACACAUGUAGACUAUGCCUCCUAUCUGAUUUGAGUAUUGGCCCAUAGGUCUUUGUAACAAACACGUGGCUGAGAGAGGAAUUGCUGAAGUAAAUUGAGAUGAUGCUAAAAUGUACAGAGCAAAGUUAACCUGAGGGUAUGGACAGAAAGAGGAAGGUUCAGGUAGAGUAGGUGAGUGAGUAGCUGAAAAUGUGUUGCUGGAAAAGCGCAG